AUGGCGACCAGAGUUUUGAGGAAAGUUCUUCAGGGUAGAGUAGGAACACUCAUUUUGUGUCCAACUGACUGUAGACGCUACAUAAUACCUGGCGUAAGAUAUUUGUGUUCAACUGUUAGGGACGCUCGUGAGGAUUUUCAUCCAAGUCUUCCUUUUCCAGAGCGCGUAAAGAACAUUCGACCGUUUUGUGAGACAUUGAGUGCACCAAAUGAAGUUUUAGAGAUGUUUAAUCAAUUUAUUAUUCUUCCUGAACAGCAUAUGAUAAAAGCUCUAGAUUAUUCACUAAACUGUCUGGUUCAUUAUGACAAAAUCGACGCAGCUUUUGAACUGAAAACUCUCAUGGAACAACUUAAUAUCCCGAAAAGUCACUCAACUUAUUCUGUUCUUGCCAAUUUGUACUCGAAGUCCAAUCAUCCCAAACAUUCUAUGAAAAGCUUGUUUGAUGAAAUGCUAAAGGACGGUCUAACUCCCAGAGCUCGCCAUUUUAAACCUUUUGUGGAGAUGGAAGCCAACAAAGGAGAUCCAAUGGAUGCAUUUCGAUGUUUGGAUGAUUUGCGUCACUCUGGGGUACUUCAUGAACGAAUCGUGGAUAUCUAUAUAACAGUUGUUCGAGCUUGUGUGGGCAAAGUGAGUAAGCAGUUAAAGAAUAAAGUGUUGGAAUUGUUUUACGACAUUCGAAGAUAUCGAGACUUGCUGAGCAUUGAGGCUCUGGAGACAAUCAAACUAUGGUUUGACAGGUAAAGAAAGACAGAGCAAUGUCAUUCGUGUGAACUUAGUUGUAACUGGUAAAUUUGCCUCCUUAGUUUGCCCCCAAUCACCUUUGCGAGAUUGCAUUCAAACAUAAAAAGAGUUUGCCCCCAAUCACCUUUGCGAGAUUGCAUUCAAACAUAAAAAGAGUUUGCCCCCAACUUAGCUGGUUUGCCCCCCAGACUUAGUGACCCAUCUUUACUUUAUUGGGGCAUUUUGCAAGAAAUGACAGAGUUUUUACAUACAAAAAUGGUAGAAAUAGGCAGGCAUUUCAUUGGCUCAGGAAUCAUCAAGUCCAAGAAUUCAUUCAAAAAUAAGUGAACAGUCAUAUCCCUAAUAAACUGAUAUACCAUUCCAGCCCAAUGAAGUCCACUGUUCUGUAAAUCAUAACCCCUCAGAAAAUAAUCUUCCCUUUUUAAUAGAGUAGUGAAAAGGUUAACCCUUUAACUCCCAAGAUCUCAUUAGAAAUUCUCCUUACUGUCUGCUAAAUGAUUCUCAUUUUGUUAGUUUGGAGAAUUCGGUAUCAAAUCAAUUAGUAAUCCCAUAAUUUAUAUUUUUCAUUAUUAUCAUCACUUGUCUGCUUGUAUUGUAUAGAUGCGGUAAGGAGAAAUUCUGUCUUGGUCACUCACAGGAGUUUAAGGGUUAAUUGUCAGAUACACUAAAAGAUUGGGGGUGGAGGGGUAGGUUAUUCACUGAUUUUGAGCUCACUAGGUAUUUAAUUUGGGUGGAAGAAUAGGAGACUUAAUUCUUCUGUUUUGGAUAAAUUGUUAACCUGUUAAACCCUAAGAGUGGCCAGGAUCUUAUUUCUCCUUAUAGUGAUACCACUUAACCAUCCAUAAUGAGAAUAAAGGAAAUGAUUGCCAACCUAAAGAUGUUUUGAUCCUCAAAUGAAUUCUCCUUGUAGUACCAAACGAAACAUGUAGAGAAGAGUGUAGAGAAUAUGGAUACUGAUCUUAGGGUGUAAAGGGUCAAUGACGGGAUCAUUUAUAACAUGGUUAUCCUUGGAUCCCUACUGUUCUCUAUGUAUUUCUUCGAGUGCUAACAAGAAAUUUAUGCAGCAGAUCUUUUCUUCUACUCUUGUGAGCUCAAGUGAUUCUGGGUCGAUAUUGUAAGGAAAAAAUUAGAUGUUGGUUAAUCCUAGAGGUCAAAGGGUGAUAGUUCUUAAUUAACCUUUAACCUUUCCAUAACACUUUUCAGUCUAAAGGACCCAAAAUGGGUGACAGCUUGGUCUUCUCCAUCAGCAACGUAAGUAAAUUUUCAUAAUAUUUUUUUGUGGUGUAAACUUUGUUUUCUAUUAUUUUGAGGACCUUGUCAUUCAUUAUUAUACCUAAAGUCAAAGGGAAAUAAAAUUUACAAGUCUGAAGUUUAAAUUGAGCAACUCUGUAUUUUUCAGGAUAAUUUAGUAUUAUCAACUGAGUUGAUAACAUAAAUUGGUCACCAUAAAGAGUUUAAAAGCUGAUGUUUUGAUGAUAACCCUUUGUCAGAGUGAUUGUAGGGAUUGUGAGUUUGUGUGUGUGUUUAUAUGCAGACAGUGGAGCUAUGCUAUUGGGGGAAAUAUGGUGACAAGAAAACAGUAAUAAAUUAGUUGAAUGAAAAGCCCUCGUUGAUACUAUGAGCAUAGACUGCCUAGAUGUAGGAAAGGCCACAAACUGCCAUAUGCUGCUUGGAAUGAUUAGAGAUAUUACAGAGUCUAGCAACUGGUUUGGAUGCAUCCUUGUCAUUUCUUUCUACAUAACAAAGGUGUUCUUGAAAUUGGUCACCCAGUCAUCUUCCUGUUUUGCCAAUGUAUUUAUCAAAUGUGGCUACACUAUAAUAUACUUGUAAAACUGUCCCAUACAAAAUGUGCAUGUUUCAUUUCAUUGAUCAUGGACAUGUGCCGAUUAUUUUUCAACAAAUGUCAAAAGUUAGGUCAGUGUAAAGUUUUUUGAACCUUUGGCAUUCAAUGGCUUAUUUUUGGUUUGUUUCUUUGCCAGAUACCACUGCCAAGCCUGCAAGCAAAAACUAGAAACUGGGAACUUUACUGAAGAAGAACUGCAUGAGUUGAAGGACCCACUUAUCUCGCAUGUGUUGAGGAAUCGCAAAGUUCUCUCAGAAGUGCGUUGCCACACUACCGCUGGAAAGUAUGUGGAUUACAUCCGACCAGGACAUUCUAACAGAUUUCCUAACAGUGUGGUCAGGUUUAUAGAGACAACAGGACACUAUGACGUAGUUUUGGAUGGACUCAAUUUAGCUUAUUACUAUCAUCAUUUUGAUGCUAAAAAGGUACAUUCAAUGUAUUUUUUACCUGUAAUGUGCCUGUUAGUAGGUUGUUUUGGUUGCCUUGUAGUGAGGGAAGGGGAUGGUUAGCAUUUCUGGCAUUCCUCACAGUGUUCCUGUGCCCUUGUCUCCUAAUCUUGGUAGCAAAACACAGUAGACUGAUGGGAAAGAAAAAAUGUUUCCUUUUGUGUGUUAACCAUAGGGCUAUCAUGUCUCUUUAUUUUUACUUUGGAUGGGUACUUAUAUUGAUUUGUCCUUAUUUAUGCAGUUGAAAGCUGUGGCUGAACAUUUUCUGAAGCAGAAAAAGAGGGUUUUGGUUGUGGGUUCAUGGCCAAUUUCACUGGGUCACAUUAGAAGACAUGACCAAAAUUCACUCCCUUCAGUAAUGGAUUUUCUGAGAGUACACUGUGGUGUUUUCUGUUUGGCGGCAAGGUAACACAUCUCCUACUUUUGUUGUUCUUCAAUUAUAGUACUUGUGGGAAAUACCUGCAGUAUAUCCCAAUGAUUUUGAUUACUUGAUUGUGGUUUCCAUAUGCUCUUUCAGGUCUCCUCGGUCAUCUUGAAAAUGUUUAAGGAGGCUCUAUAAAGAAACAGUACCAAGAUAAACACUGUCACUCAAAUGUAAAUUGACAUCCUUGACUUGAAAUUUGAGCCUAGAUUCCUCGAAAGUCUCAAGUUUCAAAGCUUGAGUUUCAAGUUGAUUUUUCAGAACUGAGAAUCAAGGGUAUAGUCUUCAGAAGCAUCUAGCAAGGACAUGUUGUAAUGCUGAUGAGCAGAGCAACAGUCAUGUAAAUACACAUAUAUUUAACACUUUUAAGAUUGUUUUUGUAAUCAUACACAAUUCAAUCUUCAGGGCAUUAGAUGAUGUCUAUCUUCUUAGUGCUGCUAUGCAGUGUGGCCCAGGCACCCUACUUGUCUCCUCAGACAUGUUCUCCAACCAUCUGCAAGGUAUGGAGUCACUGAUGAAAGCCCAGUUCACCAGAUGGCAAGAGCUGUAUCAAGUGAAGUUGGCCAGUUUUGUGGGUGAACAACCCUUGUUUGAGGUAUGUACUAGUUUUAGAGGGGUCUACAGUGAACCUUGUUUUAAUCUGACAGUUGCAGAAUUCACAUCAGUACCUGCUUAAAAAAGGAUCUCUGCUCAAUAAGGGUUAAUUAAGUUGUGAACCUCAAGUUGACUAGACAAACUAAUUGUGAAUCUUUCAUAUCUGGCCUUUUCAAACUGAUUACCAAAUAAUUGGUCAUUUUAUACUGUAAUGCAACCCUUUUCACCCUGACACUGUUCUCUAUACAUUUUUUAAGGGUCUGAAAAGGAGAAUUUGUUUAACAGUCAAGAGUUCUUUGGUUGUUGAUCAUUUCCCUUAUUCUCAUGACCCCAAUGUUUGAUUCAGGGCUGGUAUUAUAAGGAGAAAUUAAAUGGCAGUCACUCUUAGGGGUUAAAGGGUUAAUAAAAAUGAAACUCACAAUUUCUGUGUGCUGCUUAGUACAGCUAAGUUUUUCCAGAUAUCAUUGGAGACAAAACUUAUCUUGUUGAUGAUUAAAUGCAUGUAACCCAAUUAUCACAGCCCUAACAGUGUCACAUUCUCCAGUUUUGUAUAGUGGCACAAUUGUUCAUCCUAUCUUAUUCUUGUAGAGUGUGAGGAGAUUUGACCGCCGUGUACAUGUUCAAACAACAGGAGAUACUUGGCACUUUCCAAGUAGUGAUGGGAGCAAGUGGCUUUGUGUCAGAAGAGAGGAUCAAUCCCUAUAG